GUAUAAGAGAAACCCUAAAAGAAAGAGAAAAGACACCACAAUGGACAGCGGCGAUAUUGUCGGAACCGGAGAUUACGACGUUGAGACGAAGCGAGAGAAGCUGAAAUCGUUGCUCUCUCAACUACUCGCCGAUCCGAUUCUAGCCGACGUUCCGAAGAGUCCAACACUUUCAGAUGUCGUCACUCUCGUCAGUCUUGAAAAGGGAAGCGCUAUGCGUCUCUCCAUCGUCAAACUCGACGGCUCCUCUUUGGAUGUGGCGGUUAUGAAUUCAGCUACUUUGAAGGAUCUGAAGCUUUUGAUCAAGAAGAAAGUUAAUGAGAUGGAGCAAGCAAACAUGGGUCAUCGCCACAUCUCUUGGAAGCAUGUGUGGUCAAACUUCUGUCUUUCGUGGAAUAACGAGAAGUUUCUUGACGAUGACGCUGUUCUUCAGGAUGUCGGAAUCCGGAACAACUCUCAGAUCGCCUUUGUUCCGUAUGUGACGAAGAAGGGUCCGGGAAGACACUCAAAGAGGAAGAAGCAUCGUCUCUUUCGUUCACUCCACAAGACUUGUUAGAUAGUAUCGUAUUCUGAUCAGGUUGUCUGGCGUCAGGAAAAAACACAUGACUAUGGGCUGGAUGAUGCACCAGCAUGCUGCAAAAACAAGCAGAGUAUAGAAAAACAAGCGCAAGCCGGAUGGAGUUGGUUUAGCUUAUAAUAAUCUGUUUUAGUGUAAAACUCUGUAUAUAAACUCAGCUUAUUGGUUGCAGUGUGCAUAACAGAACAUAAAUUGCAUCGCUUACUAAUGAAUGCUAAGCUAGGGUUAUUGUUGGUCACAUUGUUAUAAUAUUUAUUUUAAGAAAAUCUUUACUCAGCUA